AUGUGCGCCCCUACAUCUGUGGCCGGCGCGGUGAUUACUCUUGCCGCGGCGGUGCUGCUGCUCCUCGUCGGCGCGGCUGUGGAGCCCGCCAAUGCGGCUCGCGCCGCUGUUGCCGGCUCCGCGUGCGGCAGCCUCACGCAUGUGUACUACCUUCCUGACGGACAGGACUUCCGCGGUACGGUUCACGUGAACGAGAGCGGCUUUCCGUGCCAGUUGCGGUCCUCGCAGACGCCACACAGCCACGAGGUCCCGUUGGACUUUGCCACCGGCGUAGGUCACCGCAAUCACUGCCGCGACGCAGGUGGGCUGGGGCGGCCUGGCUGCCUCGCCGCAACCCCCGGUGCUGCCUACCAGUUUUGCGCGGUCAGCGCCGUCUGCGCGGCGAGAUCUUUGGCGGCGCCGACGGUGCAGUUCUGGUCGGUGAGCGGGACGAAGAGGGCGGUCGAUGGCAGCAGCAGCUACCUGGCUAUCAGCUGUCACCCCCGGCCGUGCAGCAUUCACUACGUGUUCGGCGAUGAGACCAUCGCAUCGGCAACGUCGCCCGUGUACACGCAGCCGCUCUUGCUUGAGCAGUCGACGACUGUGAGGACGUACGUGAGGUACGAGACGGCGGAGCCGAUGUGCGCGCAGGCGCGGUACACCGUGACACCGACGGCGACCUCGACCCCGGCCACCUCGAUACAGUUCACUCCCAGCGAUGCCGUCGUGUACUCUCACCCUAUCCUCGUAGAGCUGCAGGGCAUCACGAAUGCCAGUGAGGUGCUCCUCUUCUGGGACGACGACUUCAUGAACCCCACCACCUACACCGGCGGCGCCUUCCGCUUGGAGAGGUCAACGAGCGUUGUGGCGGUGGUGAACAGCACCUACGUAGUCUCCGCCAGCUACAGGCUCGACAUCACGGCACCACCUCUAAAUGUCUACCCGCCCUCUGGCACCUACGUUGGAGGUGUGACCGUGCUCGUGAGCGACCCGCAACCACCAGCGACGUACUACAUGUACGUGAACCGGUCUACCGACUUGCAGUCGCUCGGCACGCUUCUCUUCCCAUGGACCGCCAUCGGUACCAGCGAGCUCGACGUUCACGCGUUGCACGUGGAGGGCAUCGAGUCGGUAGAGAAGGUUGUCUAUGAGGUGGUGCCAGCGACGCCGCCCACCAUCUUGCCCGACCCCUUCAUCGCCCACCACCGCCCCAUCAACGUGACUUGCACCGCGCCGCUCGGGACCCCAGUGGCGCUGUCGGUGUACCGCGACGCCGUGAUGCAGGACGCGGUGGCGGAAGGCGUUUUCUCCGCUGUUCUGAGCGAGCCUGGUGCGUACAUGGUGAGUUGCACCUACGCAGACGACUUGCACGCGACGCACACGACGACGGCGAUCCUGCAGCUUGUUGCUGUGCCGAUGCAGCCACCAACCUUCACCCCCGCGUGCGGUACCAGCUUCCCGGCCAUCGCGCUCUCGCUGCAGACGGGGCUGAACGUGUCGAACCUCCUGCCGGGUGACCUGGCCACGUCGUGGUGCGUCUCUGCCUCUGCCAGUGGCGGGGCACGCAUUCCCGUGAUCACCCGCUGCGCCGACGAUGAUGGUCUCUUUGUGUACGACGUUCUCCAAAGCAGGUCGAUCCAGGAGCCCACCACGAUGGAGGUGUAUGUGACGGCCCACUCGCUGAACCCACUCGAGGCGGAUAGUCCACGCACCUCGUGCACGUACUCCCUCUACCCCCUGGGCGCGUCGGCCACGCCGUACUUCUCGGCGAUUCCAGACUGUGCCACAACGAGUGCGCCGGCGAGCCCGUCGUGCAUCAUGGCUCUCAAGCUGCAGCUCGCCUCGUGUCUACACUGCUACUCGACCGAGUUGCUCUCGAUAGACGCUGUCGGCCCGAUCGUGGCUAUGCGCAUGACGGGCUUAGCGGCGGCGAUUCAGGCAGACAUGUACACCCGCAUCGGUGAGUGUCUCACCGGCCUGCAGCACCGCGGCGUCCUCUCGGACGUGCGCAACGAGACAAGCGGUGAGAUUAUGCUGGCGACGUCGUGGCAUGUGGCAACGCCAACACGCAUGGCGGCGCAGGUGUACACGGACCUGCCGAUCACAGUGCACGUGUCAGGCUUCCACGCCGAUGCCGGCGCGUACCACCUGGUGCGCAGCGACUACAGCUGCGAGGAUAUCGGCGUUCUGCCUGCGGCCGUCCUCGAGACGCCUCCAUAUCCUCCGACCGCUGCCGGGUCGUCGCGCGUCUCGCCUAGCAUCGACGGCUCCGCCUACCUCACCUUCCGGGUGCCCAUCGCGGGGCAGUACAAGCUCUGCAGCUACAUCAGCAACGCCCUCUACGAGGUCCCCUUCAGCUUCUCCACGGGUGGCGCUGCCACCCCAGCGGUUAACCAGUACUUGGAUGUGGUGGCGCAGCCGUGGCCGAGUGUGGCCGCCGCGCCCGCUGAGGAGUGCGGAGGUCUUGUUCCACCCGAGAUGGAAGGCGUGGCUUUCUCCCUCUCCAUGGCCGCCGUCCCGGCUGGCGCGUACGCGUCUUUAGCAUACUCGUUCAACAGCGCAGGCUGGGGGUCGGUGCCGUUCCCGAUCGAUGCGGCGACGCAACUUGGCGGUGCCGCGUCGGUGAGCAUCGGCCCGCUGAACCGCUACACGCGGCCGCUGGAGGUGUUCGACGCUUCCCUCGGCCCCACAACGGGGGCUGCGCAGACGUGCAUCUUCUUUGUCUCUGCCGCGAAUGCAUCGGUGCCGCGGGACGAAAUCACGUACCUCUUUUACAAGAUGAACUCGAGCGAGGUGCCUGCAGGCCUGACGGGGGUAAUGCUGCUGCUCCAAGGCCAGUUCUACCCGGCGGAGAUGAUCGUGAUCGACGUGUACGAGAACGUGACAUCGGACUCGACCGCGGCCGAAAAGUCCGCGUCGCUGCAGCUACUGCGCCGCGUGACGGCACGGCCUUCGGCGGCGACGGCGUUCGCGGCGGCUUUGCCAGACGCCAUCCUUGGCCUGCCGGCCGGUGUGCAACACAUACCGUAUGUCAUUCACGUGACGCUUGAUGGCAUGCACGUGACGGCGGCCCCGUUGACAGUGGCACUGUCGCCGUUGGCGCUCGCCAUGGAAGCCAGCUCAGCAUGCACCUCAGGGCUCGCCUUAGAGGGCCAGUGUCUCUGCAGGAACAAGCGUACAAAGGUGGUCUCCGUCUGUGGGACGGAGAUCGAGGACAGCAGCAGCAGCGCCGAUUCCUCCUCACGCUCCACCACAGACUCCGGCGAUGACACAGACAUGAAGACCGUGUCCCUAGGAGAGAGGCUUGCGUUUUUGUUCGCCUACUUGGGUCUGCUAGCGGCCAUUGCCGGGUACAUUUUGAUAUCCAUCAAGCGCGGCGGCGCUCGCCGCCAACGAGCACGAUGCGCGGAGGAUGUGACCGUGGAAAACUCGUAA